AUCCGAGAUAGAAAAUAACUAACUUUGGUGUGUCCAUUUUCGUCUUUCGUUGACGAGAAACAGAACUUUAUUGUACAUCUACACAUUGAAAUUAUACCUAACUUUCACUCAUAUUUUUACACCAACCUACAAAAACUUAAAAUUUACAAGUAGAAUAAUUGAAGAGCUUCAAAUAUGAUUGAAUUAACUAGUGGAUCUAAGAGACGCCUUUCUGAUACAGAUGAAAACGAGAGAAUAACUCUUAGACAAAUGAUAUUAAACAUGUCAAUAUGUAAACUGCAAAAAGACCAGGGAAGAAAAGAACCAUCAUUACUCCGAUCUGUUGCCAUCACAAACACUGUAAGAUACAUUGAAAAUGAAAUGGAUGAAGAAAUGUUAAAUUUUGACAAUGAUUAUCCAUCGUACGAUCAUGAAGAGUCAAUAAGUUUUACAAGUCCUAAUAGCUUUGCCGAAUGUUUCAAUAAUGGUAGUGCUAAAGAUGAUAUUCAAAUGGUGGAACGGUCAUUAGAAAAGGAGCAUCAAAGUAAGUAUGGUGCUAUUGGCGAUCAUAGAAAGUCUACCAACAACUCCGCAGCACCAGUUACAGACACAAGUAUAUUAAAUGGUUUUUUAUGGGAUGGUAUGACUUUACCAUCUCUUACUACAGUAACAUCACCUGCUUUUGAAUCAAUGGAUUUUGAUGCAAAUUUCCCAGAUGUAGACAUAACACUUUAUGAUUACGAUAACAACUUAUCCUCCCUACAAAUGCAAAUUUCCAAUGACUGGCGUGUAUUCCCAUCAAGUUGUGCUAUGGAGUACGAAGCUCGAAAACCAGACUCAUUUUUUGAAGAAUUAGAUCAAAUAAUGCAGGUUCUGGUUGGAAUGUAGUUUUUUUUAAUUCAAUGACGUGAAUUUGUGUUUUUUUCCAAACAAAGAUGUUAAGCGUGUUAAUUUCUGUUGGAGCAGUGCUCUGUCAGAAGUCAUGAACCAUGCUUAACGUUUUUUUUUUAAAGAAAGUUAUUAAAAAAAUCUUAGUUUAUUUACACUGAUAUCUACUUGUAAAUAUAUCUUCCAAAAUCGACAAACCAAAUAUGGGUAGACUAUAUACAUACGUAUAUGAAUGUAUCAAAUUUUGUUUUUUAGCAAAUUUAGCUUGCUUGUUUAGUGUUCCAAUAAUAUGUGAAUAUAUAUUUCUUAGUACGUUGUAUUUUAUAAUACCAUUAAAAUUUAUAUUGUAUUUAAGUACAUCUUGUGUUUAAAGUUUUAGAUAGUUUAUAUUUACAUAUAUAUUAUAUACAUCUCCACAAGGUGGAAAUUCUUUGAAAAACAUUUAUAUUAACUUGUGUUAAGUAUCUUGUUAUUGUAAAAGUGUCCACUUGAGUGGAAGCAAGCUUGAACUGUUUUUAGUCACUCAAACGGGUCACAAAAACUAUGGUUUACAAGUAAAACAACAAGAAAUACAUUGAGAUGGUUUUUGUCUUGCUUUAAACAUGCUUUUUGUUGGAUAACGUUGAUUUUAGUUACAUGCACUAAUUGAUUAGAAUUUAAUAUUUUGGUAAUUAUUUAUUAUAUAUAUGGUUUAUAUUUUCUGUUGAACAAGAGUUCAUUAUUGUACAAUUUAUGUAGAGGCAUUAAUUUUUUAAAAACUUAUAUAUUUUAAUCAGGCUGCGAAGAUGCCACUAUAUGCAUGAACUGUUUAUGUGCAAGUAAUUUUUAAAUGAGUAAGACAUUAAAAAUGUGCAAGGUCAUCAUGACGUCAUCAAUAAAUAAACGCAUGUAAUUAUCUAUAGUUAGUGGCAUUUGUAGCUGCCUAUUACAUAUUUAAAAAAAAUGAUCAUAUUGCGAUAUUAAAAAAGAUACUAUUCAUUAAGGCUCAUCUCCACUAAAUGAACAAUAAUUUUGAAUAAAAUCCACUGAUUAAAAUGGGAAUUGAUUUUUACUUUUAAAAUUGCAGUAUUUUCUGACAUUCCAGGCAAAAUAACCUGACGAGUGGAGAUAGCUUUACACCUUAUUAACAAUAAUGGUUGUUAUAACUGUAAAAUAUGUAACUAUCUUUCUUUGUUGGAACGAACAAAAUAAUGUUUCGUUCUUUUUAAGUAAUUCUUUAAAUUUAUUGCGUAGUAAUAUUUUAUAAAAAAAAUUGUGCAUAUAACCUACGGUUGGUAAUAUUUUUAAACGGUUGAUAUUAUAAAAACACGAUCAUAUUGAUCCUAUUUUGGUUGAAAUCUACUUGUACAUACUUAGUAAAAUAUAAAACAGCUUAUUACA